GUUUAGGAGAAGAAUUUACUUCCGGUCAGGUGACUCGUUCAGCUAGAUCGCGCCAAUGACGAACGUCUCCACCACCGACACCUGUGUUUGUUUUCACCGUCUGUAGGUUUUAACAAUGGAAACCACUGACUGUGUUAGUUUAAUGAUAAUGUACGAGGACGAGUCGGUGGAGGUUCGUUAUAAAAACGGAACGCAGUUACAGCUGUCACCGUGUGGCAGCGAAUUUAUGCUGCUGAAACCCGCAGACCCCCACGGACAUCCUCUACAGCCCGCAGAGACAGUCCGACAGAGGACCAGGUUCUCUACCAGCAAAUACAAGGAGUUAAUAGUUGCUGUUUUGACAUUCAGGAAUAAGUAUGCUAGUCGACCAUACCUGCCAGAAGCGCUCAUCCCUGUUGACCACAAGAAGCCCUUUCUCAGCAUCGAAUCAGAUGUCAUGUGGCCUGAGUGGUCCUCUGAGGUGGAAGUUGGACCUGGAGGCAACGCUAUUGUCAGAUCAGAGGACCAACGAGCCUCAUUAAUGCUGUCGCCUUCAGGUGAAGAAUUCUUUGUGGAGUUUACAUGCAACAUAAGUCGGCCACAAAAUCAGCACCAAAGCAUGAAGAGUUUAAGCAGGAAUCCUGACAACAGGCCGGGCUGUAUGCAACAAGUGAUUUGUGAUAGCACGGGUAAUCAGAGUAAAAGGACUCGUCAGCCAAAUCAAGAAAGGUCUUGUUCUCGUGAAGGGGACUGUGCUGCUCAGCAAAAGCCUGAGCAGAUGUACCAAUCCACCACUGUGGUCCAGCAUCACUCCUGUUGUGCAGUUUCCCCCAUAUGGAGCUACCCUCUGUCUUUGGCUCAACAUCGCUCUAAAUCUAAAGAUGCUGAUGCAGAAGAAACCAGCAAUUCUAAACAAACAGAUACAGGAAUGAACAUGUCUAACAAAUCUCUAGAGGAAAGGAGGUCUCAACUUCCUCAGGCUUUACCGCUUGCAUGUUCAUCACCUCACUGGCACAGGUGGAAAUUUAAAGACCCUCUGUCCAAAGAAGAGGAUACAGACCUUCCAUCAGAGCUUGUAAAACUUAUAUGGCGUCAAGGAGUCACCUACAGGAUACUGAGUGGAGUAGUUCCAGUCGUAGAGAUUUCCCCAGGAGAUGGAUCAGUCUUUCGCUCCAACGGGGUCCUAAACUCUUAUUUUAACCAUCACAAAGUGAAACUACAAGAAGAAGAGUUGAAGGAGCUAACUUACCAUGUAAACAGUCUUCCUCCUGAUGUACCUGGACAGAAGUACUCCGUGUACGCUAUUGUGAGUCGUGCUAGUAGGAUUCUUUCUUCCUACAACCAGGCCAAGCUGUCACUGAAGCUCCUUGCAACACCAAGUUGCAUCCAAGAGGACCUUCUCAUUUCUAGAUCAAAGUCAUCUGAACAAUACCCAUCCACUGCUGUUCCUAAAGAGCAUCAUGUGAUCAUGUCACAGGCAGCAGAUAGUAUCUCCGAUCUUGUUGCUGCAGAACUGGAGAAGAUAAAACGAUUCAACUUUCUGCUGGAGAACAGCAGCCUGCUAAAAAGUGAAAGCAAAUGUAGAAACCUCAAUGAAAACUUCUCCGAGACCAUCCAUGAGCCUCUAAAUGAGGACUGCAUUGCUGAAGCUCUUCUGAGGACGUCUAAAGCCAUUCAGGACAUUGAUGCUCUAAUUGCUGGAGAAACACUGACUUGAGUCACUGAAGAACAUGUCGUAAAUCUGUAAUUACAGAUUCUGAUCCUCUGUUUAAAGAUGUUACGCAUGUAAUAUUUAAUUUGACUUUAGUAACUUGUGUCUAGACAUCAAAUGUACACGCAUUGUUCUUUGUCUUCUAUUCCCGUCAGUGUUGAAAGAAGAACAAAGAAAACUUUAUUCCACUGAUAAAUAUGUUUCCAAAUGAUGUGGGAAAAUUUC